UCCUUAUUGCGGAAGUAAAGUGCUACUUGCAUUUUGCAAAUGCUGAAAUGUUAUGAUAAUGAAAUUACACAUAUUUUGCGACACAAAAAUACUUCGCACAAAGCAGAUUUGAAUCAUGUAAUUUCAUCUGCUUCACAAACAGACUUUGCAUUAUAAGUAAAUGAUGAAGAGAUGAGAAUUCAGCGACUUGUUUUUAGUGCAGUGUCAUUUAUGCAGUUUUCGAGAAAAGGAAGUAAAUUUUACACCAGGGUCCGCGAAGAGCGGCGUCCAUUACUGUCUGGCAUUAUGUAACCGGCGUGUGAGAUCCAUCUCUAAUUCAUCAUGAGUAUGAAUAACAUCAUAAAGCAGGGGUACCUAAAGAAAGCUCACCCCACAUCACCAUCUUCCACAGGGGCUAGUUUUGCCACCAGCAUAAAACAGUUGUUUGAGCCCCAGAGGUGGUAUGUUUUUGGAAUGAAGAAUGGAAUCCCACACCUGGAAUAUUAUGAUAAAGAGGAGAGCGCCUUCUCAGGGGAGCCUAUCCACUCCUACUGCAUGGCUAACUGUAAACGGAUCACAUACACCAUGGGACGCCUCAACAAGGUCUGGACGUUCUGUAUCUUCUUAGAGGACCGAAUCCUGGAACUCACAGCAGAAUCCAGGGAUAGUAUGCUGGCAUGGUGCAGGAUUUUAGAAAGAACACUUCAUGCCUUUGGAAACUUAAGGAAAACUAGUAGUGAACAUGUAUACAGUGCCUACCCAAUCAAAAGACCCCCCAAAAAGAGCCUUCCUGUAACACCCCCAGGGUCUCCCCCACCCCCGGGGGCUGAGGCUCCCCCUCUCCCCACAAGUAACCAUGGCACUAGGGUAGAGAGUGAGAAGGAGGAGAUAUUCGAGAGUCAGACGAGUUUGAUGAAUUCGUUACGUAACUCAGGUAAUUUACAGAACGCCUCAGCGGGUCUGAGAGAAUCUAUUAUCCUGGCUAUGCGUAACUCGUCCAAUUCUGACGACGGGGUCUGUCGGUCCCUCCCCGAGGACGAUUCCAGUCCGUCCUUGGGGGAGGAUAAGGGGGCGGAUGGAGAUAUAGACAGCGAUCCUGAGUAUAGCGAUGCAGCAUGGACUAAGGGAACCAUUGAGUUUGACACGGAAGAUGCCAGCCAAGAGAAUGUUGGUUUGGAAAUUCGUAGAGGAAGACAUCGCACUGAUUCGGAUUCCAGUGGUAGUGAGCCGGACACGACUGGAGACGAAGACUUUGUGGCAGAAGAUUUCUUUGUUAACAAUAAAAAACUACAGAAAUCUCCAGCCAUGCAUAGACGAUUUAGAGAUGAAAUGGGUAUAAAGAGAAGGCCCACACCAUUACCCGUGCGCCCUGUGUCUAUGAUUAACUAUCCACCAUCACAAAAUAUUUAUGAAAACGAAAAUCUGGAUUUCGUGCUGGAUCCUGGUCUACAGGAUCAGUUUCACGGAGGUGCCAGAAAUAAAGAAAUCCCCCCAACUCAACAGGAAAUCCCCCCAACUCAACAACUUAUUAGAAAUACUAACAACUACAGCUUUGUCCGGCGACCAAGGCUCUGUAGUGGUGAUACUUCAUCCAAACCAGACACUGAUGGAGAUAACUAUGAACUAGCAAGAAAUCCAUUUUCUGAGGAAUUUAAACCUCCCGAGAGACCCCCUAGUGAUCCAUAUUUAGACAUGUGUGAUGCAGAUAGAAGCAGGACUCUUACCAAACCUUCAUCUGGUGUGCAUCAGCUAGACGAUGGUUACCAAGUGAUACGAACUGAAGAUGGUGAAUCUAAGUUAGUUGAUUAUGAAGAUAUGUCUGCUGAUAUGAAGGAUUUAAGAGUGUUCCUUCCCCCUUGUGAUGAAAAGAAACGCCAUAGUGGUCUUAGUGACGCAAGCACACCUACAAGUAAAGAGAGUGGAAGUGUGUUCUUAGGAUCAAGAGAUUCCUCUUCCAAAGAGGACAAUUUGUAUGCUCCAUUCCCUGUGUCAGUUGAUUCCCAGAGUUCCACAGUCAAUAUGGAAGACAUUCCAGCUGUGCCCCCUCCACGGACUAGUGGCACUGAAUCACCUAAAUGUUCUAGUCCAGACAAACCGCCACGCCACAAAAAAGGUUCUAGUGUCGUGUCUCCCCCCCACUCCAACAGAAACUCACGGGAAUCUGACCCUGCACGUGUGGCCAGUCCUGUUCCUCCUCCACUGGAGUCUAUACCAAGCAGAAAACCUCCACAAGAAAUACCAGUGCCAGAUAAAACUCCUAGCAGUGUCCCCCCGCCCAGAUCUGGAGAACCUGCGCAUGGUCUGUUAGAUUUCUCUCGCCCAGAUGAUCCAGAUAAAGGAAAUUUUUACUCUGUACAACCUGUUCCACCGAAACGGAGAAAUGUUCCUCCUCCAACAGAUUAUGCAUACGUGACCCCAAAACCUGAGGACAGGGGCUCAAUCCCCGAGCUGCCCCCUCCCCGCAGACAAGCUUCCAUCAGUCCAGUGGUUAAAGGACUAAAUUCCCCACCACAACAAGCAUUUAAAUUCAAACCAGGCCUCUCAGAGCCGGCUUCAGAGAGCCACAGCGACAGCAAUGAGGAGUAUGAGGAUGCCACCAUGAUGAAUGGUCAGCCCCCAAGACCCCCACCCCGGAGGUCCAACCUAAAGAAUUCUAGGAGUUACACGUCAGAGGAGAGGUCAAAUGUCGUACGAGAUGACAUGCCAGUAAGGCCAAAGAGUUCGGUGGUCAGACAGCAGUCCCUCCAGGAGAGACAGAGGAUCAGUCAGACAGUGGGGGUCAUUAACGUGGUCCCCCUCAAACAGAGUCAGGUGGAGCUCCUACAGCAGGAACAGAGGCACCCCUUCAUCAACAUCACCAUCAACCGGGCCUGGGGCACCAAGAUCGGGCUCGUCGACUGCUUCGACAAAGUGUGGGUGGCAGGAUGGGAUAUGAAGACUUGUCCUCGACUGAAUGACAAAUUACACAUCGGAGAUCAAUUACUGAAAAUUAACGACAAAAAAGUCAAAAACAGCGCGGACGCUCAGAGAAUGUACAAAAGUGGUGAGGAGACUGUCACCAUGACGGUACACAGACUGCCGUACGCUCAGGUUAUAGCCAUUCACCGACAGGAAAACAAACAACCAAUAGGAAUCCAGAGGGAGGGCGGAACAUCAAAGAUCGUGUACGUGGAUCCUAAUGGUCUGGCAGCUCACCAUGGACUCCAGCAGCGGGCACGCUCGGUGCUCGUGGGCAGUGAUUUCUGCUACUGGUGUCUGACUGAGAUCAACAGCCGCCCCCUCGACCUGUCUUUUAAGGGGAAUGAGGUCUGUCAAUCGGGAGAGGGCAUGAUUGAUCAUCUGUUGAAUGCUGUUGGAAGGGAUAUCUCCAUCGUUGUCCAGCCGGAAGAUUUUGUCAAAGAAUUAAAGAAGCAGUUAAAGAAGCUUAAAAAUUACAAAGAUCUAUUAAUGAAGUAUUAGGUCUUCUGAACAUUUGAAUUACAAAGACAAUACUUGUCUGUUAAUUGCUAUUGCUCUCCA